AUGCAAGAUUCUAACGACAAAACUUGCUCCCAGAAAAGACCAGAUCAGAAAGUGUAUCAAAAGUUCCUUAGAUGGAAAGAGCAGCAAGGCACUGGAGAAAUUACAGAAAUGGUUUUGGAGUUUCCAUAUCAUGAAGGUCUUUCUCUUGAUAACACCAGCUUAUCAGAUAUGCUAACCCCACCUUUAGAAUAUCUUAACUUCCUGACGGCAAACACAAUCAACGUCAUCAUGGACUUGAGUUCCGAAGAAGAAGAAAUUAUAAAAUUAGAAAAAGAAAUGAUAAAAUUAGAAGAAAAUUUAAAACGGAGAAAAGAACAUAGAAAACUAAGAAAACAUUUAGAAAAGAUGAAUACUUCGCACUCUGAAGUGAAUGUAUCUUCCUCAAAAAAGCCGACAGAUCGAAUCCAAACAGAAGAUACUUCAAACAAACAAGCAUUUGCAUUUCGGAAUAAUGAGCAAAUUAAAGAAAGUACCCAAGAAAAUACACGUCAAAAAGAGCGGAUUCGUAAAGAAAAGGAUGGAAAAUUAAAUGAAGAUUUUUCGAAAGAGACUUUCGAAAAACGGGGAGGAACCACCGACAAGGGCAAAAAAUACGAAGAUUUAGUUACCGCUAACGUCGCACUACAAUUAGUAAGCGACAGUACAAUAAAUGACUUUCGCAUUUCUUCGAACGAUAAAAAUUUUGGUGAUUUUGAUGACAUAGUUAUUGAACUUAAGACUGAUAAGGGAAUUAAAACAAAAGCACUGCAAUUAAAACACAGUAACGAAAAAAGACAAUUAUAUAUAAAGCAGCUAGCAGGCGAAAAGGGAGACUUUAGUUUAAUCAAAUAUUUCAAAUCUGCUCAAGAGGUUCAAGGCGAAGUGCAGGAAUUUAUAUUAUUCACCACAAAUACUUUCAAAACUUCAGAAGAAACAAAAUUUAGACUAGAAGGAAAACAGUUUUACCUGAAGGUGAUUAAAAAGACAGUUUCAGGAGACGAUUUCGACGCUUUAAGAAUUUCUGAAAAUAUAAAUUAUUAUCAUACAUUUCAAAUCGUCGAGGACGAAUGGACUAAACAAAAUCCUGAAAAAAUUCAGCAGUAUCAAAAAUUCUUCGAGUGUUUUCGUCUUUACACAACCCAAGAACGUUUUGAAGCUCUUACAAAAUCAACAAUGAAUAAAUUUACUGAGAUGUUUUGCUCUAACGAAGAAACUUUCAAGAAGUACGUCGACGUCAUAUCAGAAUGGAGUAUGCGAGAUGGAAGAAAAGAAAAGCUAAGCAAAAGAAUGAUGCAACGUGUUAUCGCACUUCGAUUGCUUUCUUCUCAGAUCGAACCGUUUGUUUUUGGUUCCGUCACAGACGAAAUGAAAAUACUUCGAGAGGCUAUUUGUCUGUUCGACAUUACGUUGUUGGAAAAGAGAGGUAGCAACGCAGUUAAAAAUUUGUGGGGAGACUUGGACCGAAACAUUGACCUCAAAGAAUUAAACAAAGUUCGAUUACUUUAUUCCCUUUCUUUUGAUUAUGUAAGUAGUGUUGAAAAUCUGGAUGCAAAUUUGUUAACACAGUUGCUAUGGCUGAUGGAGAAAUGUCCGCUUAUUGUAAAGGAACACGACAAUAUGGAAAAAGCUAUUAAAUUCUGUCCAGAUGCAAAAUAUAUUAUACUUGGCGAGGGAAAAUAUGAAGAAUGGAUGACAGAACACUCUGUAUUUCAAAACUUGUUCAACUUGGAACCAGAAGUCGAACUGUAUGAAAAAGUAUUGCGAAAAUUCACCAUUUCUAUACAAGGCAAAGAACCACGUAAUUUGGUGACUGCUUUCGAAAAAAAUGAAGAAAUUUUCAAGCAUGUUACUGCGGAAAAACUUUUAGAGAUGGCAAAUGGUACAUACCAUAUAGAUGGACAAAAGGAAGCUUUUCCUAAUUUUUAUAUCGACAGGUAUUUGUCAGUCAAUAUUAUAAACACAGAAUACUUCGAAGAUGUUGAUCGAAAUACUGUUAUCAUUUUAAAUUGCGAAGGUAAUUGCCAGAAAUUGAAAAUAUCUAAAAAGCAUACUCUAACAGACAUCGAGGGUUUUUUAAGUAAUACAGAUCCCAAAAUUUUUAAUAUUCCAAUUUUUAUAAGGAGUGAAAAAAAAUGCAGUGAUUCUGAUUUUCAGAAAAUAUGUUCUAAAGGAGCAGCAUCCCACACUGUACACUAUUUUAAAUUUGUCAACGAUCAAAAUUUAGAAUGGAUCCGAAGCAAAGGCUCUGUUAAUGAACUACGCAAUUAUAAAUUACCUAGUCGUUCUAAAAACGAAAACGAAAUUUGGUCUUCCGAAUUUAGCAACAACAUAAAUCUAAUAACAGCUGACCCAGGAAUGGGCAAAACCGAGUUAACGAAGAAUCUAAAAAACAACUGUUGUGCGAGAUAUUGGACCGUGAUUCUGGGUGCUCAAGAUGUUAUGUUUUUCUUUAAAAAUUCAGGAAAAGAUGGAAUAUCAGCAGAUUUAAAACUAUUCGAAACAUUUAUUUUAAACGAAAAAUAUCGACCCCUGGCUGGGCUAGAUCGAGAAUACUUGACGCUGUGCUUAAAGCAACGCUCUGCGGUUUUUGUAUGGGACGCUCUUGAUGAAAUAUUUACUCAGUAUUUAAAUGGGACUUUAGAUCUCAUUCUAAUGUUAUCGCAGAAAGGUUUCACUCAGUGGGUUACUGCAAGACAACAUUUGAAGUCUUCUCUUGAAGAAAAACUUGACACUCUAUCAGUUAGUAUCAAUCAGCUCAGCGAAGUCGAGCAAGAAGAUUAUAUUAAGAAACGUCUUAACAGUUUUAUUGCGUCUGUAGAUAUGAAACUCACCAUCGACAAAAUUAAAUCCACGUUUGCACUUAUAAAACAUAUAGAUAUGUUGGGAAUCCCUCUUCAAAUUUUUAUGCUGACAGACGUAUUAUUUAAAAAUAAGGGAAAAUAUUUAGAGUUAUUAAACAAUAAAUUUCUCCUGACUGACAUGUAUCGUUAUUUCUUUGAAGGAAAAUUUAAGUUUUUCUAUGGAGAUAAAGUGCCCGUAAACAAUGUUUUUUGGGAAGAAGAUGUGAGGAAAAAAAAGGAAGAGAAAUUAAAGCAGUAUGAAAAGUUGGUGCUUGCAGUAAUAUUUCCUGAAGAUAUUUUAGAACAAUUAAAGAUAGAUUGUUCGCAAGAUAUAGAUUCUGUUUCUGAAGAUUUCGCGACUGUCGGUAUCGUGACUGGAGUACAAAACGGCAUUCCGCAGUUUGCACAUGCUUCCUUUGCCGAAUAUUUUGUGGCUUUAUAUUUUUCUAAAAAUUUUGAAUUGGUACGCAAGGACAUAUUUUUUGAUGAAAAGUAUGGUAAUGUACGUUUCUUUUUCGACAUGUUAAGUGGCAAAAAUUCACCGGUCCACAUGGCGAUUUUAUAUAGAAAUUUUGAUGAAGUGGAGAACUUUGACGACGAAAUAAUAAAACGUAAAGAUAAAUGUGGAAGAAGUGCCUUACAUCUCAUUUGUUCUUGGGGACGAAGAUAUGGGCGUUUAAAUGUACAAACCGAAUCUGGGGGUUAUGUUAUUCAGGCAAAUAGGGAGAUUAUGAGUAGUUCACUAGAAACGAAAGAAUAUUUUAAAGCGUUAUUGUUUUUGUUAGAUAAAUGUGAAAUAUUAGAGCAAGAUUUUUUACAUAAAAUCACACCCUUAGCAUGGGCACGAGAAAGUGAAAGUUUGGGAGCGGAACUGGAAUUAUUGCAAUCACGCGAAUUACAACUAAAAGAUUCGUAUAGUCGAACAGACAAAAUUAAUAUUUUAUUUUUUGUCGCCUUGCACGGUUACGCAAAAGCGUUUAACAUUGUUGUUAACAAACAAUUAUUUUCAUCUUGGAGUCUUCUUAAUAAAGAAGUUAAUUGUACUGUUAAAUUCGAUCGUAGUACGCCUCUUAUAAUAGCUUCUCGAGAGGGGCACGUAACAGUUGUAAAGUACUUACUCAAAUGCGAAGCUAAAAUCAAUCGCGCUAAUAAAGAUGGACGGACACCGCUUUACGUAGCUUCCUCUCAAGGUCACGAAAAAAUUGUCGAAUGCCUGGUGAAGUGCGGAGCCGAAAUCAAUCGCGCUGAUGAUCUUUUUGGUGAGACACCGCUUUACGCAGCUUCCUGUCGAGGUCACGAAAAAAUUGUCGAAUGCCUGGUGAAAUGCGGAGCCGAAAUCAAUGGCGCUGAUAAAAGUGGUAAGACACCGCUUUACGUAGCUUCCUCUCAAGGUCACGAAAAAAUUCUCGAAUGCUUGGUGAAAUCGGAAGCCGAAAUCAAUCACGCUGAUAACACUGGUUGGACACCGCUUCACGUAGCUUCCUCUCAAGGUCACGAAAAAAUUGUCGAACGCCUUGUGAAAUGCGGAGCCGAUAUCAAUCGCGCUAAUAUUAAUGGUUCGACACCGCUUUACGCAGCUUCCUCUCAAGGUCACCAAAAAAUUGUCGAAUGCCUGGUGAAAUGCGGAGCCCAAAUCAAUCACACUAAUAAUAACGAUGAAACACCGCUUUACGCAGCUUCCUCUCGAGGUCACGAAAAAAUUGUCGAAUGCCUGGUGAAAUGCGGAGCCGAAAUCAAUCGCGCUGAUCAGUAUGGUCAGACACCACUUGACGCAGCUUCCUUGGAAGGUCACGAAAAAGUUGUCGAAUGCCUGGUGAAAUGCGGAGCCGAAAUCAAUGGCGCUGAUAAAAGUGGUAUGACACCGCUUUACGUAGCUUCCUCUCAAGGUCACGAAAAAAUUGUCGAAUGCCUGGUGAAAUGCGGAGCCGAAAUCAAUCGCGCUAAUAAACGUGGAUGGACACCGCUUUACGCAGCUUCCUGGAAAGGCUACGAAAAAAUUGUCGAAUGCCUGGUGAAAUGCGGAGCCGAAAUCAAUGGCGCUGAUAAAAGUGGUAUGACACCGCUUUACGUAGCUUCCUCUCAAGGUCACGAAAAAAUUGUCGAAUGCCUGGUGAAAUGCAGAGCCGAAAUCAACCGCGCUAAUGCAUGUGACUGGACACCGCUUCACGUAGCUUCCUUUCAAGGUCACGAAAAAAUUGUCGAAUGCCUGUUGAAAUGCGGAGCCGAAAUCAAUCGCACUGAUAAUUAUUAUGGUCACACACCGCUUUACGCAGCUUCCUCUCGAGGUCACGAAAAAAUUGUCGAAUGCCUGGUGAAAUGCGGAGCAAAAAUUAAUCCAGCAAAUAUAUAUGAGAACACAUUGCUGCACGAAACUUGCUUUCGAGGUCACGAAAAAAUUGUCGAAUGCCUGGUGAAAUGCGGAGCCGAAAUCAAUCGCGCUGAUUUCUAUGGAGAGACACCGCUUCACACAGCUUCCUCUCGAGGUCACGAAAAAGUUGUCGAAUGCCUGUUGAAAUGCGGAGCCGAAAUCAAUCGCGCUGAUAAUUUUGGACAGACACCGCUUUACGCAGCUUGCUGGAAAGGCUACGAAAAAAUUGUCGAAUGCCUGGUGAAAUGCGGAGCCGAAAUCAAUGGCGCUGAUAAAAGUGGUAAGACACCGCUUAAGGUAGCUUCCUCUCAAGGCCACGGAAAAAUUGUUGAAUGCCUGCUAAAAUUCGGAGCCGAAAUCAAUCGCCCUAAUGCAUAGGGUUGGACACCGCUUCACGUAGUUUCCUCUCAAGGUCACGAAAAAAUUGUCGAGUGACUGGUGAAAUGCGGAGCCGAAAUCAAUAGCGCUGAUAUUUAUGGUUUGACACCGCUUUACGCAGCUUCCUCGAGUGGUCACAAAAUAUUGCCGAAUACCUAGUAAAAUGUGGAGAAGAAACCUUUCCAUUAUUAAAAUGAAUAAUGAAGGUUGAACUCGAAUAGUGACAAAAAAUCUGUCGAAUGCUUAAUUCAACGGCGAUCCAAAACUCCUCCCCGUCGGGCCAAACUUUCAAUAUUCAAUUACCAUCCACGCCGAUCACAUUUUUUUUUAUUAUUAUUUUGUUGAUCAAAUCAGGGACGGUUCAUUCUAUCAUUCCCUAAAUUUGAGAAUGCGGUACUGUUGUUAUUUGGAUUUUGCUAUACCUAUCAGGAGCAGCUGGUGCCGGAUCGCACAAGGGCACGUACCCCCUCCAAAAUUACAACGUCUACAAAUACACUGUACAUAGCAAAAUAGUAAUUUUCAAUAUUUAAAAAAUUAUCCGGUAAUUUGUGUCAUAACUCCUAAUUUUUUCAUCUCGCUCCACUUGUAUAAAAUGGAUCAAAACUUAGAUCCACUUACAUCUAAAGAUGUGUGUCUUGGAUAUAUGAUAUGUUAUUGCUGAUAAAAGCCGAGCACAGAAACCGAAUCAUAAACGUUUUAUUUACACCGUUGCCAUGGAAAUCACACGUCCUAGCCAUUUGAUUGAAUGGGACCGCGUUCCCUUUCUGACAGUGGUCGGCAGAAGUAACUCAUUCGCCUCUAUUAAUAACAUUCGGACACAUAACGCAAGAGUAGACAAAAAUCGCCAUAUAUUACGCCGAUUAAUAAUGUGCAUAAAAUCUUGUCGAGUGUUUGAACUUGCGUUACGUGGACAUGACGAAAGUAGAGAACCACAAAAUCCAGGUAUAUUUCGAGGUCUGACUGAUUUUACGGCUGAACUGGACUCUGCUUUAUCAGGUCAUUUCAAAGAAGCAACAGUUUUUAAACGAACGUCUAAAACUUCUAUAAUGCAUCCAUAUUCCAAAUUCAUCAGUAAAAAAAAAGGACUGGUGAAAGUACUUAAUAGCUCUGCCUAUGGUAGAUAAGCUCAUUUCUUCUUGAGGAUUUUCCAUUAACAAUUGAAUUUUAAUUUCCUUAGGAGUUAAACACAGCCUUCAUCAACCCAACGAAAUUGUUUUGUCAAAAAAAAAACAAAGCAAAAUAAUUUGGGAAACAUAGCGCACCAUUUAAUAAAAGUAGCAAAUAGAUUUGAUAAUUAGUGGAACUCAAUUGACGAAAGACGAAAAUCAAAAGAAAACCACUAUUUUAUGAUGGACACCUUUGUAUAAGUACAUACUUUUAUCUUUCAUCGGUCUUCAGAUAUUGUGAAAAUUGGCACUGUGUUUAUUAAUUUAUUUAUUUAGCUAUUCUUAUAUUUAAACUUAUUUUUGAAAUUCACACAAUUUUCACAUCUGUGGAAAAUAUAGACACAAGCUAAAUAAUUUGAUAUGGCGACUUUUGUUACAAAUAUUUUCUUCAUAGUUUUUCUGAAGUAUGAUUUUCGGAUUCUUAACUUUCACCAAAUUUUUUUUGUUCUAAUGACACAAAUUUUGAACUUUGAUACAUUUUUUUGAUAAUGUUCCAAAUUUUAACUAUUUCCAUAAAUGCAAACUUGAUCAGUCACUUUUUUACCAAAAUUUUUCAACUAUAUUUUCACCAAACUGAGCGUAGCUUCAACUUUUACUUUAGUACACAUUUUUUCGUGAGGCCUUCACAACAAUACAAAACGAGCUGCUGCACAAACUGGUGUACGUAUUACUAUCCAAAUUGAAAAGAACAAACAAAACACGUAUAUUAAGAACAGGUGUUUCCAUAAUUUAAAAAAAAAAUGGAACCAAAACUUCUGUUAUGCGUCAAGAACUCUUGGAAGAAUGUUUUGAAAAAUACUUCCACUUCAAACUGGAUUGUGGAAAACUAGUUUAAAGGAGGCUUUUCUUCACGUUUCUAACCUCAAGUUUUAAGAAAUGGGUUUAUUACCGCUAACUGAUCUGGAAAAUAUCAACAUAAGAGCGUUUUAAGGCAACUUAAAACUUUAAUAUUUCACAAUAUCACAAAAUAUUUAAAAUUGCAAUAAAACAUACGCUAAACGAAUUCCAAACCAGAGAAUUUAGGCGACAUUCCUGCAUCAUCAGCAAGAACUUCAUCUUGUCAUCGUAGUAACUAUAUAUUGUCAUACAUUUCGAAAUCGCCGCACAGAAAACAGUAUGGGCGAUAGAAAACCAUCUUAGUCAGAGUAUGGCCAAACCGUUCACAGGUAACACCAUUUAACAUAUUAAUAACACAUUUCAAUCAGAAGGCACUUUGAUUGAUAUAGUUUUCCAUCGCACAAUUAAUUUUAGUUCUAAUAGUUUAAUAAUAAUUUUAUAGUUUGCAAGGUUGUUUCAAUGUGUAAUUUAUUUCGUCUGCGUGUGUCUCGUACUUUGUACAUAUAUGUAACAAAAAUUUUUGUCAGAAUCGCUCAACGGAUGCAACAUUCUUGUUAAAGAUCGAAGCAUGAACAACCCGUGCUAAAACCCACGUGAUACUAUUAAGAUGUCAAGAUGAGUUUCGUCCAACAAAUGGCAAUGCUAGAUUCGUUGUUCACGCAUUCAAAACGCGUUUUUGUAUUUGCAUCUGUUCGGCGCUUCGAGUACAAAAUAUUUAAAAAUUUUGAAAUGUGAAGUGCCAUGAUACCUUUUAACUUCUUAUACACAGUUCUCUUGGAGUAUCUAAAUGACUUCUGGUUUAAAUUUGUUCACAGAAUUUUGCAUGCAUUUCACAACGAUUUCUCCAAAAUAUACUGUUUUGACAAACUGUCAAAGUUUGUGUCAGAGAGGACGUGGAAAAUUUACUGUGACCAAAUACUGAAGAAGCGGUAAGUAUAGCAACUAUGAAAUUUUGUUUCUUCGUGAAAAUUGAUACACAGUGAAAAAACAGUUAACAAAAUAAAAGCACGUAAUUGAAGCAGGUUUUCUUUUGGGGAUUAGUUGCUGAAAGAAAGUGUAAUAAUCUAAAUUGGAGCAAAAAUACCGAACAUGGAUUGCAACCUCGUCGUAUUAUUUUCUUACUCCAUCAUAGUUUUGUCAGUUUGUUAAAAAAAGUAUCAUGACAUGUGAGCGAUAUUUUUAUUUUGUAGUGGAAAUACAUAUGUAUAAUUAUUGUAGUUUAUAAGUCUAUUACUAGUAAUGUAACGGUGAUUACUCCAAGCAAGGAGUUCGAUAAACCUAUGUAUCUAAGGAGUGUAAUCAAUCUGUACCUAUAUUGUAAAUAUGUAAAUAAUGAAUUAAUGUGUACAUAUACUAAAAUAGAUUCUUGUUUGUUAUUAAAUAUUAGAGUAAACUUAAUUUUUUAGAAUUUUUAAUUAAA